UCUAGAAGCAGCGUGUGUUGCAAUGGGCACAACUAAUUUUCCCAAUUUAAAACGUUUUUUCAAUGCUAAACGAACCGUUUUCAGAGCAAAGUUCCGCUGUCCCUAACCUCAAACAACUCCACUGUUUAUGCCAUACAUAAAGACACGUUUAUACAUUGUUUAUAUACAUAUUGAGCCCCCUAUAUUCAUCUAUGAUUGAGCCUGACCUAAAAUGGAACCUCCCGCCGAUGAAACUUUGCUUUUUUUAGACUUCAAAAACCCGCUGCCUGCCAGUUUGCUCCAAAGCAAAGUGUUCCUACGGCUGGUCGACUUGGAGGGGCCCAGGCCUUUGGUGCAAGUGAACGACCAGAUAUUCCAAGGUAGUUAUGAGCACAGCAUCGGCACUAAUAUGUUCUUCAGCAAAACGUCCAACAAAGGACCGGCGGAAUUUCCAUUUUUCGAUCCGGUGCCUUUCAAGCUUGAACCCGCCGGGUUGCAGUCCAAAGUGCUGGCUUGCAGUCAAAUGCUGAUUCCCUCCACGGGCAGCCAACAGCUGCCCAGCACUACAGAGGAUGUGAAGUUCAACCUCAACUGGGAUUAUAAGGAGCUGUUGCAGAAAUUUGCAGCUGGAAAGUUGGACUUGCAGGAUAUCAUUGCUAAGGAGGGAGAUGAGCAUGAGGAGGUUGCACUGGAGAUCCCAGUCGCGCCGCCUCACGAACAGGAAUCAAAUAAUGUCACCCAACAACAACAACAAGAGAGUCAGUCCCAAGACAUCAGCGACCUUCUGGACCUUUCAUUGUCGGAUGAACUGCAGGAAAUGUACGACCGGCUUCUGAAUUUGGCCCGGACUCCCGUUAGGCACAUGGUUGAGCCAGAGGAGGCCGGCUGCGUGUCGCAAUACCAGCAGGAGAGCGAUUAUAAAACAAUUGAAGCUAAGGUGCUAUGCAGGCCCUUGUUUGCGUACUUAAAACCCCCGAAGCACCAGGGAGACCUGGAUGAUGUUGAUGUCGAAAAGUGCACAGCGCUUGGGUUUUUACCCGAGCACAAAAACAGAGUGAUGACGGUGGAGAACUUCGAAAACCUCGAUUUACCUGCCAGAUACUCCGUUCUCCUGACUCAUGCUGAAGAAUUAGAGCGGACGAUCGCCGGUAAUUCCCCUGAGCAAAACCUUGCGACGGACGAGUUUGGCAGGACGCCUUCGGACACGCUCAGUAUCUUUAAAAGGCUGCUGGCUGCUUUACAAAAGCGCAUCCAUGGUAUCAAACAAGCAAAUUAGUCGCCAGACGGUUGCGACUUGUCCAUAAAUUUAUUGUAUAAUUAAAAAAUGAAUAAAUUAAACACUGGCUGAUUCA